AUGGCUCUCCUUGUUAGCAUGAUUUCUUCUCAUGGUGUUAUUCCGACUUCUGAGUAUCUUGAGACUCUCCAGAAGAAGUACGACUUUCAACUAGAGGAUAUAGUACUUCUACCCUUGGACGGCGCCACCUUUCUGGAACCUCCUUUGGUAAAAAUUGGUGUCUACGUCAAUACCUUAGAUGUUCGCUAUCAACUUCUGAAUACUGGUUUUCUCAACAAGCUGCUUCGCAAAAAUGAGGUCAAAGUUUAUGACCUUACUCCUAAUGUUGUUAACAAGGUCGUUGCUUUUGAGAUGUGUGUCGAUCUCGAGGUUUUCUUCAAAGUCUCCUGGUGGUUAAGGAAUUUUUUUGUUUUUCUACCGUUGGUGAAAAAAUUACUUUCUAGACCCGGAAGCAGCCAUAAGAACUGGAAAAUCAUUUGUUCUGGGUAG